AUGGCAUCUACCAACUCUUUCGAACGCCCCGAUUACACUCCCGUCCGUCGCGUCAUAACCGGUCAUUCGCCUGAGGGCAAGUCCGUCAUUGUCGACGACUCGACUGUUGAAUCUUACCCGUUCCGCGGUCGUGGACCAUCGUUAUUUGGUGAUCUCUAUUGGACGGACGACGCAAAGCCGACGAACGAAGUCGAAUUUAAGGAUCUCAUUAAAGCCCAUCGUGAAGACCUCUUCGGAGCCGACGGAAAUUGUCUUCGAGUCGUUGACAUUCCUCCUGGUCAGAAAUCCCCAUACCACCGUACCAUCUCACUCGACUACGGCAUAAUGACCCACGGCACGCUCACGCUGAUCCUGGAUGACGACAAGCGUGUUACCUUUAAUCCGGGCGACGUUUUCAUCCAGCGCGGAACGAUCCACUCCUGGCUCAACGAGGGCAAAGACUGGGUGCGCUUUUACUGUGUUUGCAUACCGUCGCAGAAGGUCAAGAUUGGAGAUAAGGAGUUAGAGCCUGAGUUUCGGGUAUAA